AUGCCUAGUCCGGGUAAACAGAGAUCGCUAUCGCAAAGGUCUCAACAAGAACACCACGAACAGAGGAGUCCAUUCAGCGACCCCAACGAGUCAUUUGACACCUCCUCCAUUCUACAAUCACCAUUGGAAUCACAUUUCGGUCAUCAGAAUCCAAAUAAUCAACGAAAUGUUUCGUUUGAAGGAAGAUCCGGACCACACGGAAUAGACCAAGUAUACUCGGAUGACUCCAUGCCACCAACUCCACAACUCAACACAGACGGAUUCGAAGGUACCAGAACCUCUUCGUUGAGAUUCCAAUUACCUGGUGACAACAACAACAACAACAACAAUGGUAACAGUAACAUCACCACAAAUAAUGCUUCAGCAAAUGUACAUACACCGCCAACAUCGGCAUCUUCAUCCUCCACAUUACGGCCAGGUGACCAUGAUGCUACCAGGUCGCCAUUCUUUGACGAUGUCAUCUUGGAGGAUGAAGUUUACCAAAAACCAAAAAUGCCCGAAGAUUCGGAAAUGACAAAGGAGUUUGGAAGCGAAGAAGAUGUUUCAACAAAGAGACAUAGAUGGGGAACAAAGAGAGAUAAAGACGGAAGGAAAAAGAAGGAGAAUGUAAGCCGGUCCAAAACAUUGAAACGCAUACUACAUCCACACCAUAACCACCACAGUAACAGUAACAACAGUAACAACAAUAACAACCACGAUAAGGAACACCGACUGUUAAAAGGGAGAUUACAAUCAAUUAGAAAACCAAACACACACUCUGUUGACUUUCCCGAAUUGCACCACAGAGACUCUGACUCUGAAGAAAAUUUCGAUCCCGAGGCUAACGAUGUAAAGAAUAGGAAAAGAGAAAAGAGAGUAGUGGUAUUCAACAGAGAUUUGCCGGUGGAGUAUAGAGAUCCAGAAACUGGUAAACCCACCACUGAUUACCCAAGAAACAAGAUUAGAACUACAAAGUACACACCAUUAACCUUUUUGCCCAAGAAUAUCUGGAACCAAUUCUUCCACAAUAUUGCCAACAUCUAUUUCCUCGCAUUGAUCAUCUUGGGUGCCUUUGAAAUAUUUGGUGUGCCUUCUCCAGUGCUUGCUGCUGUGCCAUUGAUUGUUAUUGUUAUCAUCACUGCAAUCAAGGAUGCCAUUGAGGACUCGCGAAGGACUAUUACCGAUUUGGAAGUCAAUAACCAAUACACACAUAUUUUGGAACAAGUCGACCAAGAUUCAUCGGGUUACCAAUACGAAAAUAGAAAUGUUAAUGACGAAAAAAUCUCACUUUGGAGAAGAUUCAAAAAAUGGAACACAAGACUCAUGAUCAAAUUCUGGGGUGCGUCAAAGAGGAAUUUGACCAAGGAAGGAAGAGCAAAUAAGAUGAGGGAAAAAUACAACAAAAAGAAUGGUAUCAUUCCAGAAGAUGAAAACCAAGGACGGAAAUCAUUUGAAAGCGAUUUCGCAUCUCCAAGAAACUCGAUGGAGUCUUCAAACCCAUUCGGCGAUAAUGCUAAUAACACAACAGGUGAAAUGAUGCGCAAAUCAUUUCAACAACAAAGAAGAGCUAGCCAUCAUUAUGAGCCAAAGACUUUAAAAUUUGUAAAGAAGUAUUGGAAAGAUGUUCGUGUGGGGGAUGUGCUUCGUAUAUACAAUAACGAAGAAAUCCCAGCCGAUAUCGUUGUUUUGUCUACAAGUGAUGAAGAUAAUUGUUGUUUUGUUGAAACCAAGAACCUCGAUGGUGAAACUAAUUUGAAAGUUAAACAGUCAAUGAAAUAUUCUUCAGUAAAUCAAAAGAUACACAAGGCAGAUGAUAUGAUGGAUAUGUCAUUCCAAGUCGACUCUGAAGGACCACACGCAAACCUUUACUCGUACGAAGGAAAUCUCAAGUAUACCGCUAGAAAUGGAGAAGAGUAUCAGGAACCAGUCACGAUCAACAACUUGUUACUUCGUGGGUGCUCGUUGAGAAACACCAAAUGGGUCGUUGGUGUUGUUGUGUUUACUGGUGACGAUACCAAGAUUAUGCUCAAUGCUGGAGUCACCCCUACAAAGCAAUCAAGAAUGUCGAGGGAAUUGAAUUACUAUGUCCUUCUCAACUUUUUGUUACUUUUCGUCAUUUGUUUCAUAUCGGGUUUAGUUAAUGGAUUGUAUUAUAGAAAAACUGGAACUUCAAGGGAUUACUUUGAGUUUGGUACAAUUGCUGGGUCGCCAUCCGUUAAUGGUCUUGUUGGCUUUUUUGUUGCAUUGAUCUUGUACCAGUCGUUGGUACCCAUUUCACUUUACAUCACUAUUGAAAUUAUCAAAACAGCACAAGCUUUUUUUAUAUACUCUGACGUUGGAAUGUAUUAUCCAAACUUGGAUUUCCCUUGCACACCCAAAUCAUGGUCCAUUAGUGAUGACUUGGGACAAAUUGAGUAUAUUUUUAGUGACAAAACUGGUACAUUAACGCAGAAUGUGAUGGAAUUUAAAAAGUGUACUAUCAAUGGAGUUAGCUAUGGCCGUGCAUAUACUGAGGCGCUUGCGGGUUUAAGAAAGCGUUUGGGAAUCGAUGUUGAAGCCGAAGCAGCACAUGAACGACAAAUGAUUGCUCAGGAUAAGGAAGAUAUGAUUGUUAAAUUGAGACAAGUGUUGAAGAAUACAGUUUACGAUGAUGAAAUCACAUUUGUUUCUUCAAAGUUUAUUGAUGACUUAUUGGGACAAAGUGGAGAAGAACAAAAGGAAGCAGAUUAUCAUUUCAUGCUUGCAUUGGCAUUAUGCCACUCAGUCUUGACUGAACAAAGUAAUAAGAAUCCACAUAAAUUAGUGUUGAAGGCACAGUCGCCGGAUGAAGCUGCACUUGUGGGUACGGCAAGAUCUUUGGGUUUCAAUUUCAAAGGAACAACUAAAAAAGGUUUUCUUGUUGAUGAACAUGGUGUGACAAAAGAAUAUCAAGUGCUUAAUACAUUGGAAUUCAACUCUACAAGAAAGAGAAUGAGUACAAUUAUCAAGAUUCCUGCUGAACCUGAGCCCAAGGCAUUGUUAAUUUGUAAAGGUGCGGACUCUAUUAUUUAUGAUAGAUUGUCCAAGACUGAUAACGACCCCAAUUUGCUUGAGUCUACGGCUAGACACCUUGAGGAGUAUGCCACUGAAGGUUUAAGAACAUUGUGUAUUGCUGAGAGAGAGUUGACAUGGAGUCAAUAUACUGAAUGGAACAAGAGACAUCAGCAAGCAGCCUCGUCGUUGGAGGAUAGAGAAGGGAAGAUGGAAGCAGUUGCUGAUUCUAUAGAGCGAGAAUUGGUUUUGCUUGGAGGUACUGCUAUUGAAGAUAGGUUGCAAGAUGGUGUUCCUGAUGCAAUUUCGCUUUUGGCAGAUGCGGGAAUCAAGUUGUGGGUCUUGACUGGUGACAAGGUUGAAACGGCAAUCAAUAUUGGGUUUUCGUGUAAUCUUUUGGGGAAUGAUAUGGAGUUGCUUGUUAUCAAAACAGCAUAUAGUGCCGAGGAUACUGAAAAGAUGGGUGGUUUAGAUCUUGGGUUUGGUAAUGGUGAGGCACAGAUUAUUGAUACUGUGAUUUCUUACUAUUUACAACAUCAUUUUGGUAUGGAAGGUUCGUUUGAGGAGAUUGAAGCUGCAACUGGCGACCAUUCCACUCCUGACCCUAGAUUUGGUGUUGUUAUUGAUGGUGAUGCUUUGAAAUUGGCGUUGCUCAACCCUAAUACCAAGAGGAAAUUUCUUUUGCUCUGUAAAAAGUGUCGUGCUGUCUUGUGUUGUCGUGUUUCGCCUGCUCAAAAAGCAGCUGUUGUUAAAUUGGUCAAGGAUACUUUGGACGUGAUGACCUUGGCGAUUGGUGAUGGGUCUAAUGAUGUUGCGAUGAUCCAAGCAGCAGAUGUUGGUGUUGGUAUUGCUGGUGAAGAAGGUAGACAGGCUGUGAUGUCUUCUGAUUAUGCGUUUGGUCAAUUUAGGUUUCUUGCGAGGUUGUUAUUGACACAUGGAAGAUGGUCGUACAAGAGGUUUAGUGAAAUGAUUCCGUCUUUUUUUUACAAGAACAUUAUUUUCAAUAUUGCAUUGUUUUGGUAUGGUAUCUAUUGUGACUUUGAUGGUACUUAUUUGUUUGAGUUUACCUAUCUUAUGUUUUACAAUUUGGCAUUUACUUCUUUGCCGGUGAUCUUUUUGGGUAUAUUUGACCAGGAUGUUAGUGCCAAGGUCUCGCUUCUUGUUCCACAAUUGUAUCGUUCGGGUAUUUUGCGCAGUGAGAUGAGUGAUUUGAAGUUUUACUGGUAUUGUCUUGAUGGGAUUUAUCAGAGUGCUAUCUCGUUCUUUUUCCCAUAUUUGAUGUAUAUGGUUGCGUUUCCCAAUAUGAAUGGUAGGCCUGUUGACCAUAGGUUUUGGGUUGGUGUUCCGGUUACUGUUAUUGCAUGCACGAGUUGUAACUUGUACAUUUUGUUUCAUCAGCAACGAUGGGAUUGGCUAAGCUCCUUGAUUAUAGCCAUUAGUAUUUUGAUUGUGUUUAUAUGGACGGGUAUUUGGUCGUCUUCAGAGUAUUCUUCAACGCAAUUCUACAAGGCUGCUGCCGAAGUGUUUGGUAUGACAUCGUUUUGGGCGUGCAUAUUCAUUGGUAUCAUUAUAUGUCUUUUGCCAAGGUUCUUUUAUGAUAUUUUGCAAAAAGCGUAUCGACCCAAGGAUGUUGAUAUCAUUAGAGAGUGUGUUUUACGUGGAGAUUUCGAUGCUUAUCCCGAUACGUAUGAUCCUACUGACCCCAAUAGGCCCAAGAUUAGUUCUUAUUCGAGUGGUGUUGUAAAUCGGAUCAGUAUGGAUCGUCAGGAUAGUAGAGAGCGCAGAGCCAAUGGAACUGGAACUGGAACUGGAACUGGAACUGGAACCAAUUCGCCAGGUUCGUCAACAGAAAAUAUAGUUGACGAGAGGAUAGAUGAAGUGGCAUAUUUGCCACCAACACCGCCACCGGGCGUUGUGGCCAAGAUGAAGAAGAAGUCGAGGUCUUUUUUUUCACAUAUGAACAAUUCUGAUGUGAGUACGGAGACUAUUGCGAUGGAUGAUUUCAAUCAGGACAGAAGAAGAAUAUCGAUGAUUAGUGAACGUAAUAGAGUCAGACUGGGACCUAUAUAG